AUGGCAGAAGCUUCAAAGUUUAUUACCAUUAUGCAACUAUUCAGCGACUGGGAAAUCCAUGUAUUGAUUCUCUUGAGCUUUUGCCUGCAACUAUUCCUCUUCUUCUCCGGCAGCCUUCGGCGCCGCCACGACCAUAGGCUGCUUAGGAUCAUGACAUGGUUGUCUUACCUAUCAGCUGAUUUCACUGCAGCAUAUGCUCUGGGCCUUCUUUCACGCGAGGUUGCUACCACUUCCACUAUAGACAACAAUGAUGAUCAUCAUAAAUCAGUGCCCAGUGAAACCCCUCAUCAGCUCAUGGUAUUGUGGGCACCAUUCCUUCUUAUCCAUCUUGGAGGACAGGACACUGUGACUGCUUUUUCAUUGGAGGACAAUGAGCUGUGGUUGAGGCACCUGCUGAUGCUGCUAGGCCAAGCAUGCCUAGUUGUCUAUGUGCUGUGGAAAUGGGUGACAUUGUCAUACUACCAACUUUUAAUCUCGGCUGCAUUGUUGUUCGUUGAUGGGAUCAUCAAGUAUGGGGAGAGGAUUUGGGCACUCAAGUUGGGGAGUCAGGAAGGCCUCAGGAGUUCCACUAGCACAGAAGCUAAGAAAGCAUCCCUUCAAUUUGGACUAGGAUUCAGUACUGAAAGAAAAGAGCAGACCUAUCAAGAAAUUGUUAGGUAUGCUCUUCUCAGGGAGCGAGGCGUGCGGGAUAUAUUUGCUGGACGGAAACUCUUCGACAUGGACGAUUUAACUCGCGAGUACUUUCUGUAUCAAUACGAUCGGGAGGUUCCGAGAGGGGAUGCCCAACUGAAUUUCAAGAGGGCGGAGAUCGAGCUUAGCAUAAUGUAUGACAGCCUCUACACAAAAUCUCGGGUGAUUCAAACAAGGUCUGGCGCCAUCCUUCGGUGUGUCUCCUUCGCCUCCAUAGUGGUUGCCUUUGUGUUCUACGUCAAGUUGAUGGUGAGUAGUAGUGCCUAUGCCGAGCAAACACCAGCAGUACACAACAGCGUCGAGUACAGAAGAAGUAAAGUUGAUGUUGCCAUCACCUACAUAUUAUUCAUUGGAGCAGUUUGCUUGGAAGCUUGCUCAUUCUUCGUUGUGAUGAUCAUGUCACCGUUGGAGUGGCCAUUGUUGGAAGCUCGAGCUGGAUGGUGUCGUGUGCUGCUCACUCGAGUGGCCUGGCCUAUGUUCAUGAGGAUCCAACCAGAGACCAAGCCGUGGUGGUCAAACUCAAUGGGACAGUACAACUUCUUGAGCUCCUGCUGCAACAAAAGCAGAAGCACGGACAGAAGGUGGAGUAGCACCGUCAUCAUGUCAAAGAUGGCAGGCGUAUUUGGAGCUAGUGAGCUGUGGAACAAGAUAAGCAACACCAAGCAUGCCCACGUCACAAGGGAGAUGAAGGAGCUUAUCCACGAAACAAUAGGCCAUGAUAGGGGGUGGCUUCCUGAGCGCAUCUGCGUUCCAAGUGCUUAUAGAUCACUACUUGUCCUCCCCUUCGAGAAGGCCUUGCUGUCGCUACACAUUUGGACAGAUGUGGUGAUGCACAAGGUGGCGAAGUCGGUGAUGGUUAGCAGCAGUGGUCGGCUCCCGAUUGACAUGGCCGCCCAAGAGCAAGACCAAGAGGCAGCACAGCGGUGGCGGCGUCUUAUGGAUAACUGCAAGAGGCUAUCUGAGUACAUGUUGUACCUGCUGGUGGCGCAACCUGCCAUGCUACCUGUGAGCAGCAACGUGCAGGAUUUUAUGGUAGCAGCGGCUGCCUCAGACUGGUCCAGGGGUGCCUCCUCCAACAGAAAGGUGCAGGAUUUUAUGGUAGCAGCCGAUGUUGCCUCCAGAAAGGAGAAUUUUCUUGAGUGGUUGCCUUCAGAAUAUGAGGGUCCUGGUCUGGGCUUCUGGGAGGAGCAAAGGGUGGUGCUAGAAAAUCAACAGGGCAUCAAUGCCGAGCUGGCGAUACUAGAGAAGGUGUGGGUGCGGAUGCUCGUCUAUGCAGCCGGAAAGUCCCGCCCGGAAGAGCAUGCCCGGCGCCUGAGCACUGGGGGAGAGCUCAUUACCUUCGUUUGGCUGCUGAUGGCGCAUCGGCGUACUGGUGACGUGGAGCGCAGUAUCAGCCUUAUCAAAGAUGAUUUCAGCGCAGGACAUCUUUUCGAGCUAUCUACUGCUAGCAUACCAUACUGCAGGCAAAUUGAGAUGGAGGAGUCAAUUACUACUUGA